CACGACAUUUUUCGACAAUUUACGACAAACCUGCUUAGUGGGUCUCUUGGCGAAGUCAUGGCGUCCGGAGGAGGAGAGUCAUCUGCACAACACGACGCAGAACUGGAUGAAUUACUGGACAGUGCGUUGGAUGACUUUGACAAGACAUCAGCCCCUCCGGCCCCUGAUCCUGCUUCUGCUUCCUGCUCAGCGAACAGCGAUGUACAGAAGCCGCCCAUCCUUGAGGACUCAAAACUCUUUGAGACCCUCUUUGAGGGAGAAAUGGCUGCUCAAGCCAAGGAGGAGUGGGAGAAGGCCAUGACUGAGCUGGCACAGGAGGAGCCAGAGUUACUGCAGCACUUCCAUAAGCUGUCAGAGGCUGCAGGCAAAGUUGGAAGUGACACGGCCUCCCAACAAGAAUUCACCUCUUGUCUCAAAGAAACUCUCAAGGGGAUGGCCAAAAAUGCAGACAACCUGCAGUCAGCAGGACUGGCAGGAGAUGAUCUUGUGAAAGCGCUAGAAGGUCUGGGUUUGGAGGAGGGCAGCGAAGGAGGCGGGGAAGACGGAAACAUUCUGCCCAUCAUGCAGUCCAUCAUGCAGAAUCUUCUGUCAAAGGAAGUGCUUUAUCCAUCUCUCAAAGAGAUCACUACCAAGUAUCCAGAGUGGUUGGAUGCAAACAAGCCAAGCCUUAGUCCAGAAGACUACCAGCGUUAUGAACAGCAGGCCAAAAUCAUGGGAGAGAUCUGUGCAGGCUUUGAGAAGGAGGAAGAGGCCACAGAAGAUAAAGAGAGCAUGUUUGAGGGCGUCAUGGAACUGAUGCAACAGCUGCAAGACCUGGGCCAACCACCUAAAGAACUAGCGGGUGAUGCGCCUGCCGGAUUGAACUUUGACAUGGAAUCGCUCUUUCUCCCCGGUGGAGCCGGGGCCGGUGCCGGUGCCGGGGCUACAGAGCAGUGCUCAAUCAUGUGAUGAAGUAGCAGCGCAUUCCAUCCGAAGCACUGGUGCCAGAGGGUCACUCUGUACACGUCAGCAGUGAAGACGAAAUAAGGAAGGGGCGACAGCGUGUGAGGCAGGGGUCAAGCAGGAGUGUGACCAGACCUUCAACACCGUUCUCCCUCUAGUCGAUGGUGUGGGUUUGGCAGAAAACAUCAGGUGGAGGCAUGAAAACCAGCCGUAGCACCACACACGAACCUCUGUAAAACCACGGAAUGCACAGCUCAAUUUAGACUUUCUUUUUCGACGUCCUUUUUUCAUCAUCGUUCAUUUUAACAGCAUUUCUUUAAGAGGAACAUGCCACUGCCCCUUUUUCUAUGUUGUUUUUACAUACAGUUUAGUAUCUUGGUAAACAUUUAUCAAACCGUGUGACGGGUAUAAACUGUGCCUUUUGCAGAAUUACGUUAAUAUUCCACCAUCAUUCAGCUGAGCACUUCAUAUUAUAGUUUUAAUGUAGUGUGAAUUUGACAGAUUUUCCAUCUUACUGUGUCUGAUAUUUAAUAUCACUUGGUAACACAUCUUUGUACAGACUGCAAAGGAUUUGAAUUAACGAGUUAUUAAAUUACUAACAUGUGAAGUAAUGAGAAAAUAUGUUGGGUGCAUUUAUUAAUUAUUUAAAAAAAGAAAAAAGACGAGAGUAUUCAAUUCCCAGCACUUUCUGUGAUUAAGCUAAUUUAACCACACCCUUAAUGUGAGUGUUGUUCCCCAUUCCCAGGUAUUGGCUUGAAAUGAUUGAGAAGGUGAUUCCCGGAUGCCUUUGCUUUGGUUACAGUGAUCAUUAUAGCGUAGAGUUACAGUGCAUAGUGCUUCCCUUGUGAUUCCCAGUGUUUUAAAUGUGCAGAGUGGUGUUUUCUUUGGUAUGGGGUCCCUGCGAGGAAAGAAAAACAGUUGAGUGGUAUUCAGGAGUGUUUACCUCCGCUAUGUGUAUCUUCUGUUCCCUCUGUUAAAAGUACAUAUUGUUCUUUUUCAAAGAAAACUGACAGGCAGAUUAAUAAGCAUUGUGUUUAUCCACACAAGGAGAGGGAAAUGUGUGUAAUUCUUGCAGAAGACCUGUAAUCUACAGAUUUGUUUACUUCUAACAGCGGUAUUUUCACCGGCUGCUGUUGCUAGUGGACAAAAGUUUACUACUGUUUCUACAGAGAGAGGUCUAGAAAUGUCAUGACCAUCAGCUCAUCAAUAACUGUAUAAUAAUGGGGCACUACUGUGAAUGGAUUCAGCUGGCCAUGCACUGAAACGAGAUCCAUAAAGCCCUGCAGUUGUAAUCAAACUCUUCACCUUUCAGGGUCUACGCUAACAUUUCCAGAGCAAUGUUUAAAAAAAAUACAGCCUAAUGUUUGACACUUUUGAUUUGUAAAUUUACAAAAUAAAAUUAUAUAUUGCAACUUAAA